AUGUCUCUAAUUUAUUUUCCUUUCAGGAUUCAGAGGGUCUUAUAGUACUUAACAUUGGAAGCUACAUGGGCGGAGUAGAUCUUUGGCAAAAUGAUUAUGAACACGAUGAUGAUAAUUUUAGCAUUCAGUCUAUGCACGACAAGACUCUGGAGGUCGUAUGUGUCCGUGGCGCGUGGCACCUUGGGAAACUACAGGUCGGUCUUUCGCAGGCUAGGAGGUUAGCACAGGGGAACGUAGUAAGAAUACAUGUGUCUAGUCCUUUCCCUGUUCAAAUAGAUGGAGAACCGUUUAUUCAGCAACCUGGUAGCUUGGAGAUAACUCACCACGGGCAGGUGUUUAUGUUAAGAAGGGCAUCAGAUGAACCUAGAGGCCAUGCGGCGGCCAUAAUGAACGAGGUGUUACUGGAUGCAGAAUGCAAAGGAGUGAUAAACGCAGCUCAAAAGAAACAACUUCUUCAACAAAUGGCUCUCAAUCUCUUCUAGAAGAAGAAGAAGAAGUACAAAUUUUGCUGACAAUGUCUUACUCUUACCCAAUUAGAAAAAGACCGGGUACGAGAUUUUUGCCUUGUUUUAUUUUUAUUUGCCUCUGGUGUUUGUGAAGAAUGUCAUUGUAUAGUGUACUCUAAUAUUGGCGUCAGAAAAGUGUUAACUAGAAGAGAGAAAAGAAGAGUAAAAAACUUUGAUCAAAAUAUACAUACAGACUCUGGUCGUUUUUUUGGUUAUUAU